UUGAGGUUAUGUUGAUAUUUGGUUGAUAUAAACAAAAAAGCAAUAUUUGUUAAGAGAUUUGUGAAAGAACAGUAGAUAAAUGUUUUGCGUUUAAUAGUUAUAAGAGUAGGGAAAAUGCCGACAGUAAUAUUAAUCGAUGUAUCACUGUCUAUGUCGAGACCGGUGCCUACACCAGAUACCUCAGAGAGUCAUACUCGUUUAACAAUUGCUGCGGCGGCUAUAAACACAUUUCUAGAUUAUUUAAGUGCCCAUGCAAAGCUAGAGUAUGUCGCCCUUGUAUCAUUCUCGUCGGUAUAUGAAGUGGCUGUGCCUUUCACACGGGACUUCGAUAAUAUUCGCAACAAGCUGCCACUGUUAGAAGAAGGUGACAAAACAUGCAUCGAGACAGCACUGGCUGGAGUGAACCAGCUCAUCCUCACUGAGUGGGGCUACCAGACUCCCAUGCAGAUCAUUCUAGUGACUGAUGGCAGUAGUGGAGUAGGUGCCAUAGGAAGAAACCGUAUCAUACAGGCACUGCCGCUCCCCACUUCGUUUCCUCUCAAGAUCCAUGUACUACCAAUAGUGUCUCCACAUGACCCCUGCUUACAACAAGCUAUGCCUCUUUAUCAGAAGAUUGUAGAGCUUGCUAGCAGCAGUAACAAUAACGGAUCGAACGGCAACAUGUCGCGCGGCGCCAUCUACUGUCCAGACCAGCUCACUGUUCCCGCUGCGAUAGCAGCAAUGACGAAGCUAUGCGAGCAGCAGUACCAAGAGUUCUGGUGUUCGCUGAAGUGCGGGCAGCUGGAGGCGCGCGUACAGUUGUUCCCUGCGCCGCAGCCCGCUGUACACGAGGGGCUCGGCGCAACCUACACCAUCACGCACCAGCUACACGUCAUCGGCUUUCUCAGCCAGCAGGAACUGGGAACACCAAUAGCAAUAAGUAAGCAUCUUGUGAUACCUCAAGCUCAAGCUGGGUCCAAUCCUGGAAGAGAAAAUUACGGAUCCAAAACACCAACCAAGGAAGGAUCUAGUACUGACAGUUCGACAACUGAAGAGGACAUGUCGGACCCCAGCAAGAUACCCAACAUCUGUGUCUUGCUUCAUGGGGCACUUAAGGUGGAGGGCAUGUCGGCGGUGGUGGCGGUGGGCGCGGACUGGUGGGGCACGCUGUCGGCGUGGUGCGAGGCGUCCCGCGCGCGCCGCUCGUGCCUGCUGCUGAGCGUGCUGCGGCCCGGCGCCGCCGCCGCGCCCUCGCUCGGCCCGCUCGACCAGCUCGGGCCCGCUGACGACGGGGCCACACCGUCGGAGUCGUUCCCGGUGCGCACGCAGGUGUCGUACGGCGCGGGCGCGGGCGGCGCGGGCUGCGCCUGGGCGCGGCCGCACGCGCUGCUGGCUGACGUGCAGAAGGUACUGCGACACGCCAGGAAACUGCCCGACAAGACGCAACAUCUGUACAAGGAGCUGAACCGGCUCCGGCGCGCGGCCAUCUCGCUGGGGUUCUCGGAGCUGCUGUCGUGCGUGGGCGGCGCGCUGGAGCGCGAGUGCGCGGCGCUGGCGGGCGCGGCGCCGCCCGAGGCCGCGCUGCAGCUGGCGCACGCCGCCGCCGCGCUGCGGGACCCGCGCACCGCGCUCGACGUCAAGCACACGCUCACGCCGCUGCCCGCCACCUACAACGCCGCCGCCAUGCCGCACUAGAUUGUACCGCUGGUUGGAUACCCGAUCCUUUACUGGCACAACGCUACAUUUUAAAUAGCUCACAAUUCCUACAUACCGUCGAUAUUUAUUAAAUGCGAAAUAGCUAUAUUUCUUAUUCUGAUUGUUAUAAACAUUGUCAAAUUAAUGUUCCGGGGCUGUGUUUCAAGUAUUUGUUGCGUUUUGAACCUGAAAUAUUAACAGCCGAGUAGUCGGCUGUCUUACCGACUAGUCGGGGCAUGUCUACUUCAAAAACAUUUUUGUCAAUGACAAUAACAAAAUUGCUGAUGUUAUGAAUAUGUACUUAGUCUCAUAUAUUUCCAACUUCAGAAAUAGUAUUUUCCUAUAAAGUAGUACCUAGACAAUUUGCGGACUAGUCGGCUUUCAGAGACCGACUAAUCGCCUAGUCGAUCGAAACCGUAGUCGGGACAUCUCUAAUUCAAAACAAUAAUAUAACAUUUUAAGCAUGUACCAACUUAGACUUUUGUGGUCAAACGCAAGCCUUUUUAUAAUAAAAAAAUAAAAUAUACGAAGAUUUGUAGUCUACAGCCUCUACACGUGACUUUAUAGCAUGCAUCAAAGAAAGACAUAUACUGGGUUUCUUUUUUAUUUUUCAAUUUGUCGAGACAUGGAACUGACAAGGAAUGUAAGUUGUGCAACUAAAGUAUUCAGCUCGCGAUAUAUCACUCGUGCGAAUCGAUUUGAGAUGUCGCGCUCACUGCGCGUUAGUCAUGUACACAGUACAACAUACGUGUUUAUCGAGGUGAGGACCAGAUGCAAUAACCUGAGAACCGGGAAGAAUUGCAUUGCAUUCCAGCCAUGUCUCAAAUUGACUCGCACGAUUAUAAUAUAGUAGGUAUGGGCGCGGUUGUUUAGCGCUAAGUGACAAUAGUGGACAACUUGUGACAAAUUACCACAAGAUAAUAAUUAUGCCAAUUCGAAAUUUCAAAAUAUAAUUUGACUGUGCUGUAUAUUAGGAAACUGCAUGUGAGCAGCCACUGAUGCGCUAAGUUAGAUUUCUAUACAUUCGGAUAAAUAAAUGUACCUUUGUUCUCCCAAUAAAGCACUCUACUGUACCUAAAGUUUGAGUGUUGCUGUAAGUUUUAUUAUAAAUGUAUUAAAGUUAUUAUACGUUACUUUUAGAUAAUUUUAAUAUAUCCUUAUUUAAGUAUAUUUUGUAAAUAAGUACGAAAAUAAAAUAAUUUUUAUACCUAGUA